CCUCUCAACCCAUCGUUCUCACUGUCUCUUUUUCUCUCUAGUCUCCACAUUGUAAAAGAACUAAAAGACAAUCAUGGGUACCCGAACCCGUACCCGAAAAGGUUGCUCCACCCUUUUAUUUUCUUCAAUUCUAUUAACCCUUUGUCUCUUGAACAUUCCCAAUGGACAUGCCAUUUCCAACCCCAUCAAAACCGUCGUCGUUUUGGUGAUGGAGAAUCGAUCCUUCGACCACAUGCUGGGUUGGAUGAAGAAGCUCAACCCGGCCAUCAACGGCGUAACCGGGUCGGAGUACAAUUUGUUAUCCGCAUCCGACCCGAAUUCAAAACGGUUCUUUUUUAAGAACCAGGCUCAUGACGUGGACCCGGAUCCGGGUCACUCGUUCCAAGCCAUUAGAGAACAAAUAUUCGGGUCAAAUGAAACUUCGGCUGACCCGGCUCCGAUGAACGGGUUCGCACAACAAGCUUAUGCAAUGGACAACACUUCACAUAUGUCUGAGAAUGUUAUGAACGGAUUCGAACCUGACAUGGUCGCUGUUUAUAAGACACUCGUUUCUGAAUUUGCUGUUUUCGACAGGUGGUUUGCCUCCGUGCCGUCCUCCACUCAGCCCAACCGGCUCUACGUGCACUCGGCGACGUCCGGCGGCGCGACGAGCAACGUGGCGGCGAAACUCGCGGCGGGCUACCCGCAACAAACAAUCUUCGACAAUCUGUAUGACGCCGGAGUCAACUUCGGAAUAUACUUCCAGAAUAUUCCGGCGACAUUAUUCUAUAGGAACCUAAGGAAAAUAAAGUACGUGCCAAAGUUCCACCCAUACGACCUGUCGUUUAAGCGAGAUGCAAAAGCAGGCAAGUUACCGGGUUAUGUUGUGGUGGAGCAGCGGUACAUGGACUCUAAGCUGUUGCCAGCCAAUGACGACCACCCUUCGCAUGACGUGUACGAGGGACAGAUGUUCGUGAAGGAGGUGUACGAGACGCUGAGGGCGAGCCCGCAGUGGAACGAAACCCUGUUUGUGAUCACGUACGAUGAGCAUGGUGGGUUUUUUGAUCACGUGCCUACGCCGGUGCGUGGUGUUCCAAGCCCUGAUGGGAUUGUGGGCCCAGAGCCAUUCAAUUUCACCUUUAAUAGGUUGGGAGUUAGGGUUCCAACUAUUGCUAUCUCUCCUUGGAUUGACAAGGCCACUGUUGUUCAUGGGCCAAAUGGGUCACCAUCUCCUACAUCAGAAUAUGAACACUCAUCCAUUCCAGCAACAGUGAAAAAGCUCUUCAAUUUGCCUUCAUUUCUGACCAAGAGAGAUGAAUGGGCUGGAACAUUUGAGGGGAUUGUUCAGACCAGGAAAGAACCCAGGACUGAUUGCCCAGAGAAACUUCCAACCCCUACAAGGAUCAGGAAGGGAGAGCCUAAUGAAGAUGCAAAUCUCAGUGAAUUUCAGCAAGAAUUGAUCCAACUUGCAGCUGUGCUUAAAGGAGACAAUAUCUUCACUAGUUUCCCAGAUACAAUAGGGAAGAACAUGACUGUUAAGCAAGGGAAAGAUUAUAUGGAUGAUGCAGUUAAAAGGUUCUUUGAAGCAGGUCGUUAUGCUAGGAAAAUGGGAGUGAGUGAAGAAACUAUAGUUCAGAUGAAGCCUUCUUUAACUACAAGAUCAUCCAAAUCUGCAAACACAAAGCCUUAGAAAAAUAGAAAAAAGUAUGUAGCAUGAGAGGGUGUAAGGAAUGAACACAAUCAUUUUAAUACAAAUACAGAUAUUAAUGUUUAUACAAAACUGGAAAA